GUCACUGUGCUGGUGGACCCAUCCUUCACAAUGACAGAGAUAACAUAAUCCAUUAUUAAACCACAAAGCUCUUCGAAAACCUUAAGCAUUUUGACAGGAACGGCUGGAUGUACAUCUGUGACUUUCGGGUUCUGCUGUAUCUACAGUUGGACAUGCUUUUUACAGUGUUUGUUGUUCUGCAAGCUGUGAGUGAUACACAGGCCAUAGCCUUAGAUCCCUGCUCAGCGUACAUUAGUCUGAACGAACCAUGGAGGAACACUGACUACCAUGUCAACAACUCUGCGGGUGUCCCUCUGUGCGACCGGCAUGUAUCAGGGGAAUGGUAUCGCUUCACGGGUAUGGCUGGAGAUGCUAUGCCAACCUUCUGUAUCCAAGAAAACCACUGUGGAACCCAUGCGCCCAUUUGGCUGAAUGGGAGUCACCCUGGGCCUAGUGAUGGAGUUGUUACUCUAUCUGCGUGUGCUAGCUUCAAUAAUAACUGCUGCCAUUGGACUGCUAGUGUGGAGAUAAAGGCCUGUCCGAGAGGUUACUAUGUCUAUCGUUUACCCCGGCCCUCUGUCUGCUUCCACGUUUACUGUGGCCAUUUCUAUGACAUAUGUGAUGAGAUAGAGUGUACAGGAUCUGACUGCCCUGUCGAGCCUGAAUGCCGAUGCUCUGAGGGAACCAUUCUAGGCCCUGAUGCACAGACAUGUCUGGAUGUGAAUGAGUGUGAGAAAGGGAAUGGAGGAUGCGCAGAGCUAUGCAUAAACACCAAGGGCUCUCGGCGAUGUGAAUGUGGACCUGGUAAAGUGCUGGACGUAGAUGGGAAGAGCUGUAAAGAGACCGCAGGUUGUGACAAUGUUAAUGGAGGCUGUAGCCAUGGAUGCUCAUCAGAUGAAGACUCCUAUUACUGUCACUGUCCUUGGGGACUGAUGUUGGGGGAUGACAAACGGACCUGUCAGGUCCCUGUGAAGUGUGAUCCUAGUUCCAUAGAAGUCUCGGUUCCCAAAGACCUGGUGGGAGGGCUUGAACUUUUUCUCUCGAACACUUCCUGCCGUGGCAUUUCCAACGGGACUCACAUUAAUAUCCACUUCAGUCUGAAGACUUGCGGCACUGUGGUCCAGGUCAGUGGCGACAAAAUCAUUGGCACCAACUUGGUGACAGGUUUACCACGGUCAAGUCCCAGCAGCAAUGGGGAUUUGAUUGUGCGCACGAGCAAACUUUUACUGCCAAUUACGUGUGAAUUUCCACGGCAGUAUGAGGUGUCGGACGGCUACCUGCCAAGUCUACGCAACACAGCGCUGGAGUUAGCGGGCCACAGCGAAGGAAUAUUCCCCUUCAGUUUGGAGCUGUUUAAGAGCGCUGAAUUUUCCGAACCCUACAACCAACCUCCACAGCUGAAGUUACGCGACGUGCUGUACUUUGGUGUUGAGCCUCGGGAGCGGGUGGAUGGCCUUGCUGCUUUUGUAGAAAACUGUUUUGCCACACCUGGUCCCAAGGCUGACCAGGCCUUGAAGUAUUAUCUCAUCAAAGACGGGUGCAUUUCUGAUGAAACGGUGCGUCAGCUUUCGGCUAAAGACGAGCUCUCCAAACACUACCAGGUCCCAGUCUUCAAGUUCAUCGGCAAGGACAACAGAGAAGUGUUUCUGCAUUGCCGUGUGCUCGUGUGUGGGCAGACACAAGGGGAGUCUCGCUGUACACAGGGCUGCCGAAAGCGUUUGAGAAGAGAUGUCUGGAUUGAUCAGCACCAAGAGCAAAACAUACUGUCCAGUGGGCCGAUUCACAUACUGCCAGAUCCAUGAGCCAGCAUAAAGUAAACAGCGCCAUCUACAGACUAACCUAACGUAUUUCAACACCCAAUCACAGUCUGCACUGGAAAACAAAUAAGUUAAUUAACAGUUUACGUAUUUUGUUUUCCAUUCAUGUACAGUUGGGAAUUGCAUUAUGGGCUGUUGAUCUCUGCUCUGUGGACUCUUGAUGUUGAAAAUUCAACUCUACAGUUUAACAAAGUGACUUUUAUUAACAUUUUAGUCAUUUGAAAUAAUAUAAUGCAGUGGUGCCUAACCUUUUUAUCACUGCGGGCCAGUCAACACAUAACAAUUUUAAGCGGGGGAGGUCUACGUAUAUUGCUAGGGGACCAUCUACUGUACCUUUUUCUCAGAGGAUGACAAGCUGACCCAACAUUGCUGUAACUCUAAUACAAAUUUUUAUCUCUGGAGAAAAUUAAAUUGUUCUGUGUUCUGUGUGUUUAAGGUAUUUAGGCCCAUUCCUUAUUCUAUUUUUGUACCCCUAGCCCUUCCCCUUGGCCCGUUAAACUAAGUGUGAAGGGGAAGGGCUUCAAAAUUUACCCCUAAGAAAUGGGAUAAGCAC